AAUAACAAAAUAGUCAAAGUACAAAAUUACUGGCUUUUAAGCAUUUGCAAUGUUUUGGAAAAGUGCGUAGCGAAAAUAAACAAUAGCAUAAAAAGUCAACAGUGAUUUUGAAAUGGACUCAAGCCAUCAAGUUAAUGUCCCAUUGCGAUCCGGUGGUAAAAAAAUACGAAAGCGGCGGGAACUUGAUGCACUUAUUGCACAUUCAUUCGGAAAAAAGCAAUCUGUCCGCCGAAAUAAUUUAAAUAUACAUUCUCAAGAUAAAUUAUUAUCUGCAUCAACGGACGAUGCAGAAGAUUAUGCUUGGGUUCAAAUGCACAGACCAAAACAUACCAACAGCACAAACCGUUGUCACAAUCGAAAAUAUAUGCUAUGCAAACCUCUUCUAGUUUUCGUAGCAAUUUCUAUAUUAAUAGGACUUCUUUACUGGAUGUAUUUGGAUAUAAGACAGGAGAUGUAUGAUUACAGACAAAAAAUUGAAGAAGUUGCUAUCAUGAAUCGGGAUUUACCAGAUACUCUGCAGAAAUGGCACGAACUAUCUACUUUACUGCUAAAAAAUCAAACAACAUCAAUUAUUCGCCUCAACGACUUAGAGCGAAAUUUGGAAAAUUUAAGAAUAAAUUUCACAAUUUAUAGAACUUCCGCAGAUGCUCAGCAAAAUUAUGCAAAGGAAGAAAAAAUAGUAGCAGAUUUUGGAGCAAAAAUUGAAUCAGUACUAACUGAUAUGGAGCGCUUUAAGGAUCAUUAUUCUGGCAUACUUAAAGACCAUACAAAAAUUAAAAUCGAUUUAAAAGGACUGAGCGAAAAUUUGACAGACGCUCAGCAAAAAGCUUUGGGUCUACAUGAAAUUUCUUCGAACUAUUCUCAGGAGGUGUCUAGCUUGAAGUUAUAUCUACGGAAUAAUUCCAUUAGUUUUCAGGAUUUCAAAAACGAAGUAAGACUAAACUUCUCCCAUAUAUGGAAUGAGCUAAAUGGAAAUAAGUUACAGACCACAGAGCUCAUCAGACGUAUAGAAAAUAUAUCACUGCACUUGAUUUCAGUGGAAAAUAAUUGGGAAAAAUACAAUUUGAAAUUCAAAGACUGUGAAGGCCUUAUUCAUCACAUCGAAAAUAACGUAUCCGAUUUAGAGAACAAAGCUCGUGUCCUGGAUCAAACCAUUGCAGAAAUGUGCUAUAAUAAUACGAUGAAAAUAUCUGACAAGGAAUUAAAAGAGAACACAACCGUAACGGAAGAAAUAACUAAUGUGAUACGAGUCCAUUGAUAAUUGCCAUGAUACAAAAAAUUGAAGGUAGUUUAAUUUACUGACAUCAGUUCUUGUUGGCUACAAUCAGACAGUCAAGAUUUUUGUAAAUUUAUCUUCCCUCUGGAGCUAGUUCAGAUGAAUUUCUUAUCUCUGUAAUUAAUAAAGGCGUUCAUGAUCUUUAUGAAAAACUGUUAUUAUUAAAACAAUA